UUAAAAUUGAUUAGUUUUGUUUUUGGCUUUUUUGGAGUGUGGCCACUCUGGAGACAGCCACACCUGCUUCUAUCAUUCUCUCUGUUAGUUCAUCUCUCUUUUCCCUUAAUUCGCCGAUUCAAAAUCAUUUCGUCUCUCUCUUGAUCUGCAACUGAGAUUUCGGAGAAAUCGACGAGAUUUCGGAGUUCCUAGUUUGGGAAUUUUAGAAAUUCAGCAUUGGAUUUUGAUUCUUUUUCGUCUUCGUAGUUUCACUGUCUUUUAUCAGUUACUGUAACUACAAGAAUCGUCUGCUUCGGACUAGGAGGCAGCAGAUAUGGCGUCGACGAAGACGAAAGCUGGUUUGUCUGAAGCUACGCCGAGCAAGUCAUCUCCUGCCACUCCAAGAGUGUCUAAACUGAGUCGAGGAGUGACUAAAUCUGAAGCUAAUACUCCAUCACCUACUCAAAAUCCACGGCUUUCAAUUGACCGUUCUUCACAUUCUGCUAACUCGAAGCCUUCUAUUACCGAGCGGUCUCCAAAUUCUGCUAACUCAAAGCCUUCCACUGAAAGGCGAUCUCCAAAGGUUCCAACCCCAACAGAAAAAGCCCAAGCACGUGCCGUGAAAGGGCCUGAGGUACAAUCCCGAUUGAAUCAAAUUCAGGAGGAGUUAAAGAAAGCAAACGAGCAAAUAGUAUCUCUGGAGAAGGAGAAAGCCAAGGCAAUUGAUGAACUCAAAGAAGCACGGAAGGAGGCUGAAGAGGCGAGUAAGAAGCUAGACGAGUCUUUGGCAGCUCAGAAGAAGGCUGAGGAGAAUUCAGAGAUUGAGAAAUUUCAGGCUGUUGAGGCGGGGAUUGAAGCAGUCCAGAGAAAAGAAGAGGAAUGGAAGAACGAGCUCGAGAAUGUGAAAAACCAACAUGCUUUGGAUUCAGUUGCUCUUCGCUCGGUCACUGAGGAACUUGAGAAUGUUAAGCAAGAACUGGCUGCUGCCAAUGAUGGCAAACAUAAAGCCCAGAUCCAAGCAGAUGAUGCGAACAAGAUGGCAGAAAUUCAUGCCGAAAAAGUGGAGAUCUUGUCUUCAGAGUUGGCACGGUUGAAAGCUUUGCUGGAUUCCACACGAGAAAAGGAAACCCUUUCAACCAACGAGAUUUCCUCCAAACUAAGUGCUGAGAUAGAGGGUUUAAAAGGAGAGCUUGAGAAAGCGAGAAGUUUUGAGGCAGAGGUAGAAGAACGAGAGUUGGUUAUCGAGCAGCUCAGUUCGGACCUAGAAGCUGCAAAGAUGGCGGAAUCUUGUGCACAGAGCUCAGCUGAGGAGUGGAAGAGCAAAGCCGAAGAACUGGGGGAACAACUAGAAGAAGUUAACAAGCUGGAGAGAUCUGCCUCGGUAUCGUUGGAAUCUGUGAUGAAACAACUUGAAGGAAGCAAGGAUAGACUGCGUGAAUCUGAAUCUGAACUUUCCGACCUUAAGGAGAAAGUCGGGUCACUAGAGAUUACAGUUCAAACACAGAAGGAGGAUCUUGAGGAAUCUGAGCGCCAGAUUGGCAUUGCCAAAGAAGAAAUCUCUAAGGUCGAAAAAGAGGCAGAGAAACUGAAGAACGAGCUUGAAACGGCGAAGGAGGAGAAAAAUCAGGCUUUGAAAAGCAAACUAGAUGCUGCUUCAAGUGUUGAAAAGCUCUUGGAGGAGAAAAACAAGCUAGUAUCAGAACUGGAGACCUCGAAGGAGGAAGAGGAGAAGAGUAAGAAAGCAAUGGAGAGUUUAGCUUCGGCUUUGCAUGAAGUCUCAACUGAGGCAAGGGAGUUAAAAGAGAAGUUGUUGAGUCAAGGUGAUCAUGAAUAUGAGAACCAAAUAGAAGAUCUGAAAUUGGUGAUUAAGGCAACGAACGAGAAGUAUGAGAACAUGCUUGAUGAAGCGAGACAUGAGAUUGAUGUUCUUGUCAGCGCAGUGGAGCAAACCAAUAAACACUUUGAGAGCUCGAAGGCUGAUUGGGAGAUCAAAGAGGCCAAUCUGGUGAAUCAGGUGAAGAAAAUGGAAGAAGAAGUUGCUUCAAUGGGGAAAGAAAUGAACAGGUUGUCUAAUUCACUAAAGAGAACCGAGGAAGAAACCAAUGCAGCUAAGAAGAAAGAAGCCCAGAUGGAAAAUAGCCUGAAAGAAGUGGAAGAUGAGGUGAUUUAUCUUCAGGAAACUCUUGCUGAAGCUAAAGCCGAAAGCAUGAAACUGAAGGAGAAUCUGUUGGAUAAAGAGACAGAAUUCCAAAGCGUUGUCCAUGAGAACGAGGAACUGAGAAUGAAGGAGGAAAUUUCUCUGAUGAAGAUCGAGGAGUUGUCCAAGUUACUUGAGGAAGCAUCGGCCAAGAAGCAAACAGAAGAGAACGGCGAGCUCAGUGAGAGUGAAAAGGACUAUGAUUUGCUUCCAAAGGUGGUUGAGUUUUCCGAGGAGAAUGGCCAUAGGAGUGGAGAAGAGAAGCCCUCUAAAGUAGAAACCCUCGAAAAAGCUCCACAAAGUGACAUGAGCAACGGCGUGAAGGAUAAAGAAGCAAAUGGGAAGCCCGAGGAAAACCAUGAAGAUGGAGAAAAGAGAGAAGAUUCUCCGGAAAAUGACUCGGUUGAAGUCGAAUUCAAAAUGUGGGAGAGCUGCCAAAUCGAAAAGAAAGAAGCUUUUCCCGAGAAAAGGUCGGAACCAGAAGAAGAAGAAGAAGAUUUAGCAAGGAUAGACGAAAGCGACAAAACUUCACCAGAGAACGUAGAUGAAACAGGUGGAAACGCAUUGACUGCAGAAGAGCAGCAGGACAAGAAGAAGAAGAAGAAGACCUUGUUUGGUAAGGUCGGGAAUCUUCUCAAGAAGAAAGGAACCGUGAACCACAAGUAACAGAUCUUGACUCAUUUGAGGUAAGCCUAAACACCCUCUCUAUACAUACACAUAUAUACGUCCACCUAUAUAUAUAUAUAUUAUGUAUACCCUUUUUUUUUUGUUUGGUUUCAUCAGUAUUUUCACACUUGCCUUUGGUUUGGGUAUGCACUGUGAUUCUUUUUUUUUCUUCUUCUUGCGAAGUUUCCGUCUCUUUCUCAUGUUGUAUGUAUACAUACGAGAGACUGAUUGGAAUGUGAUUGUUCAUGGAGAAAGCAGUCUCUUCUACGUUUUUCUUCUU